GUGCCUCGAUCUUUUCAUCUGUAAAGAUGGGCUUGUGAGGGUUACGCGAUUUAAGACGUGCAAAGCACGUAGCACAGUGUGGACACAGUAAGUGCUAGCUGAGUGUCUGUAGUCACAAUAACUGUUACCCAGAGGGCAGUAGAAUGUACAACUCGGAGCAGUUGCAGGGCGCGAGGCAGAAACUGAUAAAAUCCUCCUUUACGGAGGGAUAAGGUCAGACUUGAGAUUUCCUUAAAAGAUACAAAGGGGCACCUUUUGUUUUGUUUCUUUGGGGAGUGGGCAUCGGCUGCUCAACCUCUGAGGAGUUGAUGUCUGUGGCUUUCAGAGCCAGAGUGUGUUUGGCAAUGCAGCAGAACCACUGCUUGGUACUGGCCAUCUUAAUUUCCUGGGGCUGCUGUGACAAAGUGCCACCAGCCAGGUGCCUGAAACAACAGAGAUGCGGCAUCUCAGGGUUCUGGAGGCUGGAAGUUCCAAUCAAGGUGUCAGCAGGGCCAUGCUCCCUCUGAGGCCUUGCCAGCCAUCCGCGGCAUAACUCGACCUCAGCCUUUGCCACACACCCAUCUUCUCUGUCUGUGUCCAAACUUCCCCUUCUUAUAAGCACACCCGUCAUAUUAGCCCACCCUAACCCAGUUUAGCCUCGUCCUAACUAAUAAUGUCUUCCAAGACCCAGUUUCCAAGUUUCCUGGGGCUCAGGACUGGAACGUGUGUUUUUGGGGGAUCCGAUUCAAUCCCUGACAGGCGCUCAGGAGGAAAGCCUCCUCAUCUCAGUGACCCCUGCUAUGAAAAGGAUUUUUUGACGCUAAGGAAAGAAAGUCCGAGAAAGUCCCUUCGUGGACAGGACAGGCCUGAUAGAGCCCUUCUGCUGAUUGCCCUUGGGGAAGCAGAGUCCCCUAAGCCCUGGCCGAGCUGAGCCCAGGGCAGCCGGCCCAGAAGCGUCCGCACGUGGGGGCGGGGGCGGCUGACACGGGAGAUGGCCCCGCCGGCCCCGGGCGCCCCCGCCCUCCACUGGCUCCCCGCGGCGGCUCUUGGCCUGACGUCGGGCCUGCGGGUUGGCUGCCCGGGGCCGCCACCUGGGCAGAGGUGCGUGCGCUCCGCCAGGUCGCCUUCCACGCCCUCGUCGUGGGCCGGCGGAGUCUGACCACUUGCGAUCGCUGCUCAAACAUCACUUCGCAGAAGCCAUUUCCUCUUGGAAUUUGCCCUCCGUCCUGCCUUAUCUCUGAGAGGUUGCUGAAAUUUCUCGGUUGCUGGGAGUUUGGUUGGCUUUUUUUUUUCCUCUGAUGCUUGCAAAGAAAUAAAGAGAAGAGCGGUAGCCAGCCAGCUUGCCUGGAUCACAUGCAGGACAGAAGAGCCUUAUCCCUCAAAGCCCACCAGUCAGAGAGUUUCCUGCCAAUUGGUUCCAAGGUGCCCCCUCAUUCCCCGGGUGUAGACACAAGCCCCUGCCCAAACUCACCCGUGUUUAGGACAGGCAGUGAACCCACCCUGAGCCCGGCAGUGGUUCGGAGGGUCUCCUCGGACGCUAGGGCAGGGGAGGCACUGAGGGGUUCAGAUAGCCAGCUGUGCCCCAAACCUCCCCCCAAGCCCUGCAAGGUCCCCUUCCUCAAGGCUCCCCCAUCUCCAUCCACUUGGCUCAACUCGGAGGCCAACUACUGUGAACUGAACCCAGCUUUCGCCGCGGGCUGUGACGGAGGAGCCAGGCCGCCCUUAUGUCCCCAGGGCAGCUCCACGGAGCUGACAGCCAAGGAGAACGGGGCCCCAGGUCCUCGGAACUCUGGCACCAACUACUUGAUCCUUGAUGACAAUGAGGGGACAAGGCCUUGGGAGCCACCAGCCACACAGAUGGACAAGGGACAGGAGGACAAGGGCAAGUUUGUGGCACCCAUCCUGGAGACUGUCUCCUCAUUCAGGCCCAAUGACUUUGAGUCGAAGCUCCUUUCUCCUGAGAACAAGCCCCUGGAAACAGCAAUGCUGAAACGUGCAAAAGCACUGCUCACCAACAGCAACCCCAGGGUCAUCGCGCAGCACAUGCUGAGGGUGGACUGCCAGGUUGCUAGGAUACUCGAAGUCUCGGCAGAGAUGAGGAGGAACAUGGGUGUGAGCUCGGGCCUGGAACUCAUUACCUUGCCUUUUGGACGCCAGCUACGCCUGGACAUAAUUGAAAGACACAACACGAUGGCGAUCGGCAUUGCGGUGGACAUUCUGGGCUGCACGGGCACUCUGGAGGACCGGGCAGCCACUCUCAAUAGGAUCAUCCAGGUGGCAGUGGAGCUGAAAGACUCCGUUGGGGACCUCUAUUCUUUCUCAGCCAUCAUGAAAGCCUUGGAAAUGCCGCAGAUCACAAGGUUAGAAAAAACAUGGACUGCCCUGCGUCACCAGUACACCCAAACCGCCAUCCUCUAUGAGAAGCAGCUGAAGCCCUUCAGCAAAAUCCUGCAUGAAGGCAGAGAGUCCACAUGUAUACCCCUAAGCAAUGUAUCGGUCCCACUGCUGAUGCCUCUUGUGACCUUAAUGGAGCGUCAGGCUGUCACUUUUGAAGGUACUGACAUGUGGGAAAAAAAUGACCAAAGCUGUGAGAUUAUGUUGAACCAUUUGACAACAGCUCGACUCAUGGUGGAGGCUGCAGACACCUACCGGAUGAAUGCCGAGAGGAUCCUGGAAGGUUUUCAACCCGAUGAUGAAAUGAGUGAAAUCUUCAAGACUGAAUUUCAAAUGAGACUGUUAUGGGGCAGCAAAGGUGCACAAGUCAAUCAAAUAGAGCGAUAUGAGAAAUUCAACCAGAUCUUAACUGCCCUCUCACGAAAACUGGAACCUCCCAUAAAGCAGGAAGAGCUUUUCUAAGUUUCUUGAGAACCUUAGGAUAUAAUUUCAAGCUUCCCCAGUUCUUUCUUUGGAAAAGCUUAUCAUUUGAUAAAGUAAUAAGGUGCAAAUCUGAAGAUAUACAAGCUUUUAGUAUCUACAACAUGUAAAUUGCACAGAGCACACUUAUUUAUGAAUUGUUUAAACUUACUACUGAUUUUAACUGAAUGAUAAUUUAUUGUUAAGGUAACUAUUGCUAAAGUUGAUCAGUAAAUUUAAAAAAAGACCAGCUGUGUUGGCUGGUUUCAUUCUAUCAUUGCUGUAUUUGACUAUUUUAGUUUUAAGUCCAUGUUAGAUAAGUGUAAAUAGAAAAGUUUUUUUUUUUUUUUAAAAGCAUGAAACAUUUCAGAAGGUAUCAGUUGUAUGAUAUUUAAAUAUGUAAAUAGUUAUGAAUGAAAAUAUAUCUUUUUGUGAAACAACUGCACCCAGUCUCUUUAAUAUUAAACAACUCAUCUUAGUAUGGUAAUUCUACCUCCCAGCCUCUUAGCACCCUCAUCCUAGCCCCAUAUCCUGAUAGUAAACUAAGACCAAUGAAAGUAAUUUAAAAAAUUCAAGGUUUCUGGCUUAGGAAACUGAAUGAAUGGUGAUACAAGGUAGAGUUGACUUCAGAAGACCUGGGUUCAAACUCAAGCUCUGGCACUUGACUUGGACUUUGGGUAACUUCAUCAUGCCCCAUGUGUUAACAACACAGCACCCCACUGGUUGUGAAGAUUAAUAACAGAAUGCAUGGAAAGCACGGUGCCUGGUACAUAGCAAGCACCCAGAUGCUGCCUACUAUUGUACUUCAUGACCUCUACUCACGUAUUUCAAAAUACUCAACUGUUAUUGUUUCCUCUAGCUGAAAUGUACAACCAUUCUAGUUUUCCAGGCUUCUGACAUCAUUCUCUAAGAGAAUGCUUUUAGCUUAUCAAUAGCCCUCUCAAUUUUUUCCUAUUGUAGAAAAUUUGGAAUGCAAGAUCUUAAGAUAAUA